AAAUGCAAUAGAAACCAUUUUUAAUUCCGUUUUUAAAUGGUAUCCAGGUCAAAAUUAAUUAGUUUUUAUAAGGUUAAAGCCAAGCAAUCGUGUCAUCUGACGCAAGGUUGCUUGACAACUUUAGUAAUAAUUACAAGGUUGCGACAAUCGCUUCGACGACUAAAAAACUUCCAUUUUCGAAAACCCUGGUACCUUUCGGAACCAGUGUGCGUCGCACAAACUGUCGAAACAAGAAACAAGAAACAAACCGCACAAAAAUUGUCAACACUCAUAUUUCGUUCCCUUGAAAUAAUUUCUUAACCAUGGAUACAAGAAUCAGCGCAGUUGUAAAUGCGAAGUCGGCUAUUCCGGCGUUCCAGCAGAAAUUUUUGUGCUUUAAUUACCGUUAGCGACGGCCGCAAAUAAUUAGCCCUUCAAAAAUGAAGGUUUUUGAGGCUCUCGAAGCAAUUGUCGUAACCUUGUAUUAUGAUAAAGUGUCAAGCAAUCUUGCAUCUGACGCAUGUAAAAAAUAAUCUAAAAUAAUUUAUUACUAGAUGUCAAUCUAUAGACAUAUCCCUCACAAACGACAAUUUGUAUUUGAACAUGGGUCGUAAAAAGGAAAAGGUAACAAAAUCUGGGAGCAUUGCCAAUCCUUCAUUGUUCAAAAGAGAAGACAAUGAAUCCAGUAUGUUGGAGGACGCUGCGGCAGCUGUGGGAGGAAUAUCCCCGCCAGAAGAAACACCACCCUUGGCGGUCCCGGAAAAUGGUUCCGGAACUGCCAGCUCUACUCCCGGUGGCCUUGAUACAAACGUUGAUGACGCUACCAUCGAGCUGUGGAAAUCUGUAUUUAACUUGGAAAAGAAUCGGACUUCAUUUUUCGACGAACUUUUUGCCAAAGGAUACGUGGUGGAUAGUUUGGAAGUGAUGAGCAAGGGGUCGAAAGCCGGAGACCACUUUAUUGAAGCAGAGGAGGAAGAGUUCAGCAAAAAAACAGAGUACGGCCGCGUCGUCUUCAAAACAAAACACGUUUAUACCGGAAAUUUUGAGGAUUGGUACUUUCACGGUCAAGGUCGCUAUGUUUGGGUAGAUGGUACAGUUUAUCAGGGAGACUUUGUGAAUGGCGUAAUGCAUGGGAAAGGGUCCAUACACUGGCCGGAUGGAUCUGUCUACGAGGGAGAGUUUGCAAACGGUGAUCGGGCCCCGGGAUGGAACGUCUACUCCACAUCGGAAGGAUUUACAUACGCUGGAGACUGGGCUAGUGGACUUCCCCACGGAAAGGGCAAAAUUUGGUACGACCCAGCCAGUGAUGACACGGACUAUUACGAUGGAGGCUGGGCUAGUGGACUCCAGCAUGGAUUUGGAAUUCGACAAUAUUUCAAUGGAGAUAGAUACAUUGGAAACUGGGAGAACGGUGAACGCUGUGGUGACGGAACCAUGAUUUGGCUAGAGGAGCGUCAAGUGUACAAAGGGAAUUGGCGGAAUGGGAUGCCAGAUGGAAAGGGAAAACAUAUUUGGUACCUUGAACGCACAAACUGUCACGUUUAUCCGAGUCGCCACGUCUACUUUGGGGAUUGGGUGGAGGGCAAACGACAUGGGAUUGGGAAAAUGGUGUACCCUUGCGGGUCCACGUACGAAGGUCGAUGGAAGGGUGGGCAGCGACAUGGGAAAGGCGUCUUCUUAAACCCAGCUGGAGCACUAAUCACUGGACUGUUCAAAACGGGUGAUCUCAUUGGUGGGUGUGACGUGCCACUUCAUGCACCAACUUAUGACUGCGACUUUGGUGGACUAGUGGAAUUUUUAACGGCCAAAUUCAAGCUAAAAGUUGAAAAUGAAUUGAAGGAGGAAGAUGACUUGAGAGAAACUGUCAUUCGGUUUAUUGAACCACUUCGACAAUUGUACCAACGAGCUGGGGAACUUGGUCACAGUUGGGGAAACAAUGGGUUAUUCCCAAAUUGGCUAAAGUCCUCCUCAGGAUCUUCCCAUCGUAUUCCAAACCAUCACGAGCAAGGUGUUCCGCCUCACAUGCAGUCGAAAACGGACAAACCCCCAUCGCCGGAUGGGAUUUACCCCGUGACUCGAAUUGGACUCUGGCUGCUCUUGAAAGACUGCCCGCAACUAACCAAGGAUGCAACACUUGCAUUUUUUGACAAACACUUUAGCGACACUCCUUCCAUCUCUUUUCAAACCCGACACAAUCCGUUUGAACCAGUUUUACUUUGGCAAUUUCUGCAGUGCUUGGUGAUUGUUGCAGUGUCAAUUUACUUGGAAAUUCCUGAUCAUAAAAGAAGACUGAGAUACCCUCAGAUUAAACCAAGUGAGAGACCACAACCACGGCGAAACCCUCGGCAUAAAUCAAUGCGUGAUGCACAAUCUGACGGAAAAGGCGACGAUCCCAACAUGAGCAAUUUCAAAAAACAAGUUCUCAAAUUACCAACGCGAGUAUCUACGUGGGAUUCAAUGCGUGAUCAGCUUACAAACCAUGUUCAUGGGCACCACGUCCACUUGGCCAAUAAGAAACAAUCACGUCAAUCGCUGGGAAAUUCCUUACAAAAGCGCAAGUCCAUGUUUCCAAUGACAGAAGAGUCCGCUGCCAAGGGUGGAACUAACAAGAAUAAACAGUCAGUCACGCAACACCACGGGCACCACCAUCAUGGUCUUAAAACUUCCGAUAAAAACAACCCAAACAUUGGAGGUGAUGAAGGGACUGAUGAAGAAAUGGACGAUGCUGACGCUGGUAAUACACGACCGGAAGAUAUGGACCGUGAAGAAGAUGGUGGUGGUGGUGGUGGUUCCAAUGGAAGAGCUACAAUUGUCAAACUCUCUGCCCCAGGAACAUUGCCCCACACUGUUGAGAACAGAAGCUCCAAAGUCGGCGUUCUAGAUGAGACUGAUGACGCUCAGAAGAGAAAUAAAGAUGAUGUAGAAGAAAAGGAGAAUGGGAAAUUAAUACGGAGGAAAAAGUCUGGCGAUGUGAAAUCAGGGAAAAAAACAAAAAGUGGUAAAAAGGGCCAGAUAGAUGCGGAGAUCGAGGAUACCAAAAUGAGGACUGAGAACGAGUGGGAGGAAGAAGACGAGGCGUCCUCAGACUCGGGCGACGAUACGCUAUUAUUAUUUGACCCGGAAAAGCAGACAAAUAAUAAACCAUUCAGACUGACCGUCAGUGACGCUUUUGAAGCGUUCCUCAUUGAAAAGUUGUUCCCUUGCCUUGAGUUCAACCCAGGUAAAAAUCUACCCGUGGUUCCCAAUCCGUUACCACCACUGAGGGACAUGUUUGAUGCCUUUCAAAAAUCCAAUGGGGGAAAUGAACGCAUAUCUGCACCUGAGUUUAUGAGAAGUUUGCUCCCUCAUCGUGCCCAAAGCAAUCCCGAUGACACCAUCUUCUGGCAUCGUUCUUCUGAACUUUUGUCAGCAAACGUGAAUCUCGAACAAAUGUUUCAGAUUCAAAAACAAAUAUUUUCUUUGGAUCAAACGGACAGUAGCUCAUUGCUAACGACUAAUGUGCGAUUUGAAAAUGGUGAUAACGACUUUCUUGGUGGAACCCACGUAUUAUCCAAUAAACUUCAAAGUCAAGAUGAAGGAGAGAGUGCAAAAGAAGCUGUGAUGGAAUUCAUAGCGGAUCCACUCCCCUUUUCAGAACAGGACUUGCCUCCCGAACCGUUUUUGUGGCAAGAGGAGCCAAAAUGCAUUCCUCUACAAAACCCUGGCAAGUUGAACCCAAGUCCGGAUUUGACUACUAGUGACAUUCUCAACAUACUUCGGACCCUAUAUCCGAAACUUGUAGGAAAACCUAACGCAACGAAUGUGGAAUUUGAUAUGAUUUUCUGUGACUGGUUAUGGGCAAUUUCGCUCGCCGCUAAGCUAAGUGCUGAUCGAGAGAUGCAAAUCAAAUUGGCACCACCCCCACCACCACCUCCUCCUCCGAUGGCGACACCCAGUGGAAAUAUUAAAAAUUCGCUUGCUCCCUCUGAAAAAGACGAAGGCCCAACAGUAACUAUAAUUCCAACCCCUCCAAUUCCACCGCCUCCUCCCCCAAGUCAACAAACUCAGCAAGCAACGGUGGGAGGAAACAAGGGGAAAAGUCGAAAAACAGAUAAAAUGGACACAAAGAAUGGAGACAAAGAUAAAGACGGCAAGGAUAAAGAUGGUGAUCGAGCUACUACAGCAUAAUAAUAGAGGCAUAUUUGCAAGGGCUUUCUUUUCUAAAUGAAUCAGGUAUGUAUAAAUAAAUAGUGAUCAUAGCUAAUAAAAUGCGGUGACAAUAAUAAUUUCAAUACUAAAUCGACUACAUCAAUUUAUUCAAUAAUAAUUUGUAUUUGAUUUAUAAAUACAAUCCAACAAACAUAUACAUAGUAUUUAUGUACAUAAGGCACAUUAAUGGAAUUUAGACUCGACUUAACAUACUAAAUUAUAUAUCAGACUAUUCUUUGAUAGAUUAUUAAAUAUUAGUAUAUAU